CUUCUAUCGUCUUCCACACCCCCUUCUCGGGAUAUUUGUUGACACAGUUGUUGACAACGCUUCGCUGUGGUUUCUUUCUGGUUGUCCCAAUAUAGCAAAAGGCCGUCCGUCUCUCCUUCCCUCCAGCAGAAUCCGCGAGCGAAAUUCAGCCGCAGGUUCGUCGAUCGCCCUCGGGCAAAGAAGAAGAAUCGGGGGAAAAUUCCCACACUGUUCCGGUUCGCUAUGGGUCUUUCCCUUUCCAGGAACCUCUUGAACUUCCUCCUCCAUUUCUCGCCCAAGAAAAGCCCCGGAAAUCUCUUCUCCGUCCAGAUUGAGGACGUGGUUUCUCUGGUCUCCCGCACGGGCAGGCAUUUGCAGCGCUACGACAAAGGUCGCCGGCAAGUCGUCGGAUGCAUACCCUACAGAUACAAGAAGACCGAUCAAUCAUCUGGCGGUGGGGGUGAAGAAUUAGAGUUUCUUGUGGUCAGUUCACAGAAGGGCAAGAGAAUGAUGUUUCCCAAGGGAGGAUGGGAAAUCGAUGAGACUAUAGAGGAGGCCGCUUUGCGCGAAACCGCGGAAGAAGCCGGAGUAACGGGCACUGUUGAGGGUAAAUUGGGAAAAUGGCAAUACAAGAGCAAAAGCAAUGGCAGCUUUCACGAUGGGCAUAUGUUCCCUUUACUCGUUGAGGAGCAACUCGAUUCUUGGCCGGAGAAGCAUAUCCGCCAAAGACUAUGGGUGACAGCCGACGAAGCGAAAGAAUUGUGUCAACAGCUGUGGAUGAAGGAAGCUCUAGAAUUACUAGUUCAAAAAUUGAGGCAGCAACAAAAUGGGUAUGCGGUUGAAAGACAACGUGCAUAGAAUGUCUCUGGUGGGCCUUCAAAGUGCUUUGAAGAUUAGAAACAGAAAAAUUUGUAGCUGAGAAGGUUGUCCUCAAGAGCCAUGAAGGCAAAAGUCUAUGAUCAUCACAUAUGAGUGUUGUGAACUGUGAAGUAGGAUGGAUGGUGUCGGGUGUCUCCCCCCUCCCCCCCCUUUUUUUUUCCUUUCAAUUAUUCCUUCAUUCUUUUUACCUUCCUCAACUUCUAGUUGUAGGUUAUUGGUGGAAGAUCCCAUGAAUUGUGGAUCUCUUUAGGGAAAUAAUCUCUGUACAUGUACAAAACUUGCCCCCAUUCUUUAAUUCAUUAUCAUCUAGUCUCUUGAUUCUUUAUU